AUGAACAUUAAUUCUAUCAUUUUUUUACCUAGCUCAGAGAAAGCUCAGCAAAAUGGCCAAAAGUCUUGGCCUAAUCAUUGUCUUCAUAUCCUUGCUUUCUCUGUCUUCCCCAACCCUUUCAAGCAUUUUCUCCAAUACCGUUGAUUUUUGGUGCAACCAAACCCCACAUCCUCAAACAUGCAAGCAUUUUGUCACAAUAAAUAGUCAUCGUCUUCAAGAUGGUAUCCCAAAAAGUGCAUUUCAAUUUAAAAACUUCAUCCUUCAAAUUGCAAUGGACCAAUCAGUGAAAGCUCAAAUUCACAUCAUGUGGUUGGGCUCAAAAUGUAGAAGCAAGCAAGAAAAAGCAGCGUGGUCAGAUUGUACAACCCUCUAUCAAGACACCAUCAACAUCCUCAACCAAGCACUUAACCCUACCAAACAAAGCACAAGCUAUGAUCUCCAAACAUGGCUUAGCACAGCCUUAACCAACAUUGACACGUGCCAAACCGGGUUCCACGAGCUUGGUGUUGGCAACAAUGUUCUAUCCCUCAUUCCCAACAAGAAUGUCUCAGAGAUCAUAAGCGACUUCUUGGCUCUAAACAAUGCUUCCUCAUUUAUUCCUCCAAAAAAGACUUACAAAAAUGGCUUACCAAGAUGGUUACCACCCAAUGAUAGGAAGCUUCUAGAGUCAUCACCACCAUCGUUAUCACCAGAUUUUGUGGUGGCUAAAGAUGGUUCGGGGGAUUUUAAGACCAUCAAAGAAGCUUUGAAAGCAAUUCCCAAGAGAAAUGAGGCCAAGAGGUUUGUGAUAUAUGUUAAGCGUGGGAUUUACAAUGAAAACAUUGAGAUUGGGAAUUCUAUGAAGAAUAUUAUGUUGUAUGGUGAUGGUACAAGGCUCACCAUCAUUUCUGGUAGCCGAAGUGUUGGAGGAGGUUCUACCACUUUUAAUUCGGCCACGGUUGCUGUGACAGGAGAUGGGUUCAUAGCACGUGGCAUCACAUUCCGCAACACAGCAGGCCCAGAAAACCACCAAGCAGUGGCACUGCGUUGUGGUGCUGACCUCUCUGUAUUCUAUCGCUGUGCAUUUGAAGGCUACCAAGACACUCUCUAUGUCCACUCCCAAAGGCAAUUUUACAAGGAAUGCAACAUUUAUGGCACUGUGGACUUCAUCUUUGGCAAUGCCGCUGUGGUUUUCCAAUCCUGCAAUAUAUAUGCAAGAAGGCCAAUGCAGAAACAGAAAAAUGCUAUAACAGCACAAGGUAGAACAGAUCCUAAUCAAAACACUGGGAUUUGCAUUCAAAACUCGCGUGUCAUGGCUGCUGAAGACCUAGUUCCUGUGCUGAGUUCCUUCAAAACCUUCUUGGGCAGGCCAUGGAGGGAAUAUUCAAGGACCGUGUUCUUGCAAACUUACCUUGAUUUGUUGGUAGACCCUGCAGGGUGGUUGGAGUGGAAAGGCGAUUUUGCCCUCCACACUUUGUAUUAUGGAGAGUACAAGAACCUUGGUCCUAGGGGUUCCACAAGAGGUAGAGUGAAAUGGGGUGGUUACCAUGCCAUAACAAGUGCAACCGAAGCAUCCAAAUUCACAGUUGAGAAUUUUAUUGCUGGGAAAUCAUGGUUACCAGCCACAGGGAUUCCUUUCUUAUUUGGACUCGAUGAUUAAGGGUGUGGUUAAUUUGAAGAGGUUGCACUAUUUAUUUUAAGUUCUUUUUAAUUUAUUAUAGUACAAAGUUGUUAUGUAAGCGUAUAAUCAAAUUGAUUACUCAAAGACAACCAAAAGUCCUUGAGAAUUAUUGAUAA